UUCCAGGUGGUGGAGGGAUAUGGUCAGUCAGAGCUGGUUGCCCCAUGUACACUCACGUUUCAAGGGGAUUGGGUACCUGAACAUGUUGGGCCUCCCCUUCCCUGCGUUCACAUGAAGUUGGUGGAUGUCCCUGAGAUGGAGUAUUAUGCGUCAGUGGGCCAGGGCGAGAUCUGCGUCCGUGGUUCCACUGUCUUUCAGGGAUACUUUCAGGAUGUGCAGAGGACCAAAGACACUAUAGACCCAAAUGGCUGGGUCCAUACAGGUGACAUUGGGAUGUGGCUUCCCAAUGGAACACUGAAGAUAGUAGAUAGGAAAAAACACAUCUUCAAGCUUUCUCAAGGCGAGUACAUUGCACCUGAGAAAAUAGAGAAUAUAUAUCAGAAGAGUGAAUUUGUUUCCCAGCUCUUUAUCCAUGGUGAAAGUCUCAAGUCCUGUGUGGUGGGGAUUGUCGUGCCAGAUGUAGAGGUGCUGAAGCGGUAUGCCAGUGACAAUGGCAUUGAGGGCACAUUUUCUGUCCUAUGCUCCAUGCCAGAGAUCAAGCAGAUCAUCCUUGAAGAUAUGCUCCAGCUAGGCAGAGAAAACAAUCUUAAGUCCUUUGAGCAGGUGAAGGACAUCUACCUGCACCCUGAUCCAUUCAGCAUUCAGAAUGGCCUGCUGACACCAACAUUGAAGGCAAAAAGGCCGGAACUGCGAAAGUACUUCCAUCCCCAGAUUGAUGACAUGAUCCCAUUCAUUAAGGUCCUGAAUCUGGAUCUUCAUCUCAUGUUUGCUGUGAUUGAUGAAGAUCAAGAGGACAUCCCAUUCAUCCUCUUCAGUACGAACCGGAAGAUGCCCCAAUCUGACCUCUGGGAUGUGGUCAUCAAAUGCCGAGCGGCUGUGGCCUGGGAGGCAGCGAAGCCCCUUUCUAUUGAGACCAUAGAAGUUGAGCCUCCAAAAGCUGGAGAGGUGCGAAUCCGAAUUUAUGCAACUGGAGUUUGUCACACAGAUGCUUACACCUUGGAAGGACAUGAUCCAGAAGGUCUAUUUCCAUCAGUGCUUGGCCACGAGGGAGCAGGAAUUGUCGAGAGCAUUGGUGAAGGAGUUACAGCUGUCCAACCAGGUGACCAUGUAAUUCCUUUAUACAUUCCACAAUGCUACGAGUGCAAGUUCUGCAAGUCAGAGAAGACAAAUGUGUGCAGCAAGAUUAGGGCCACACAAGGAAAAGGUGUAAUGCCAGAUGGAACAUCUAGAUUUUCUUGUGAUGGCAAGGUACUUUAUCACUUCAUGGGGACUUCCACAUUCAGCGAGUUCACUGUUGUUGCUGAGAUUUCAGUGGCAAAGAUAGAGGCUCUAGCACCAAUGGAUAAGGUGUGUCUCCUUGGUUGUGGGAUUAGUACUGGCUAUGGUGCAGCACUGAACACAGCCAAAGUGGAACCUGGUUCAACAUGUGCCAUUUUUGGACUUGGAACUGUGGGGCUGGCAGUGGCACUUGGAUGCAGGAAGGCUGGAGCAUCUAGAAUCAUUGGAGUUGAUAUUAACCCUGACAAGUUUGAAAUUGCUAGAAAAUUUGGUUGCACAGAAUUUGUGAAUCCAAAGGAUUUCUCCAAUCGUGCAAUUCAAGAAGUCCUCAUAGAGAUGACUGAUGGAGGAUUGGACUAUACAUUUGAAUGUAUUGGUAACACCCUAACUAUGAGAGCUGCACUGGAGGCAUGCCACAAGGGUUGGGGAGUGUCAACCAUCAUUGGAGUGGCUGCAGCUGGUGAGGAAAUCUCUACUCGCCCAUUCCAACUUGUUACUGGGAGAGUGUGGAAAGGUUCUGCCUUUGGU